CUCUCUUUUGUUUUUUUGAGAUGUGGACCAUACCGGGAGGUACAGGAAAGCUUCUUGAUACGUCCUGUCCCUGCCCACUGUUCCUGCCCAAGCACUAGAGCCAAGGUGCUUCUGGAAGACAGGUCACCUCCCACUCCCAAGAAGCUUUCAAUGUGGGACAGGGAAAAAAAAUAGCAAAUGGUCCCUGUUGUAGCUCUGCUAUCAGCAUCCAAACACCCCUGUCCAAAUGCAGGCUGGACCCUGCUCAGCUCCAAGCACAAUUUGUCACCAGAGGCCCUCCCUGCCCCUCUCCAUCUGCGGCAGCCGGUGAGCAGGAGGGGGCACGGGGCCAGCACAGCCCUCAUUGCUGUCUCCAUUUGCUCCUCAUUUGGGCCAGGAGUCUUACAACAACAAACCCCGCAAAGGACAAGCAGGGCCAGAAGGAGCGAACCGAAAGCCCAAGCUCACCCUGGGGGCAUGGGGAGUUCAACCUGCUGUUGUUUCACUGCCCCUCCAACCCCAGCAUGGGCGACUCAACCCAAAGUGGACACAUGGACAGUGGCACACAGUCACCAGCAAGCCACAGACCUAAGCCACUUAGGCAAACCUACCCUGAUAAUUAAAAGACAACAAGCAAAACGAGGCAUCCCAGCUCUCCAAUCCUUCCCGACGCUGAAAGGGUUUAAUUCUGGUCUGCAAUAAGCCUCUGAUCCAGGCUGAGAUUUGCAGGUGGAUUUUGCAAAGCUGUAGCUAAACAAUUCGCAGUCCCUGAUUUCCCGGCCCUGCCCUGACCAGCCACCUCCAGUCCCGGGUGACCCCCGGCCACAGCCACCUUCGGUCCUGCACCGCAUCUCCAGCUGCCUCUGUAACCUCUCCUCUCCCCGGCUCCCACCCACACGCUGGUGCCCGCACAAAACCGGCACCCCCAGGAGUGGGGUGGAGCUGCGGCGCGGUGAGCGGAGCCGCCGGCGGGGCCAUGGGAAGGUAAGCGCGUGGGAGCGAGCUGCCGGCGAGCCGGGUGAGAAGCCGCGAGCCCCAGGGAGGUGACAGCCAGCCCUCACCAUGGUCUCCAUGGGGCUCCAGCUGCUGGGCUAUGCCGUGGCCUUCCUGGGCUCCAUCGGUACGCUGACAGCCACGCUGCUGCCCAGCUGGAAGACCAGCUCCUACAUCGGCUCCAGCAUAGUGACAGCCGUGAGCUUCACCAAGGGGCUGUGGAUGGAGUGCGCCACAUACAGCACAGGCAUCACCCAGUGUGACAUCUACAGCUCCCUGCUCAACCUGCCCGCCGACGUCCAGGCAGCCCAAGCCCUGAUGGUGAGCUCCUGCGCCGUCUCCUCCCUUGCUUGUCUCCUCACUGUCAUGGGCAUGAGGUGCACCGUCUUCAGCCAGGGCUCGCCGGGCAAGGACCGGGUAGCAGUGGCAGGCGGCGCAGUCUUCAUCCUCGGGGGGCUGCUCUGCUUCAUUCCGCUGGUGUGGAACAUCCAUGUGGUGCUGCGGGAUUUCCACAACCCUGUCCUCCCUGACAGCAUGAAGUUUGAGCUUGGGGAGGCACUUUACCUGGGCAUCAUCUCCUCCCUCCUCUCCCUCGUCGGUGGCUUCAUCCUCUGCACCUCCUGCCCUGCCCGGGAUGCAACGGCCACCUACACAAGCACCUACCAGCCCCGGCUGCUGGCAGGCAAGAGCCACCGGCCCUCUGUCAGCCAGACACAGAAGACCAAGAGUGAGCUCAACUCCUACAACCUGACAGGAUACGUGUAGCGGCUGCGGGUGGGAACCGGGCUGUCAGCUCUCCCGGCUCCCCAAAGCACCUGGACUGGCACCAAGGGAGCGCGGUUAGAGGUGAGGACACAGCAGCACUUCCCAUGCUCAGCCCUCUCACUCACAUGCUUGGAGGGUUUGACCCCACUCUCUUCCCGGGGCUCCCGAGAGUCUUGUGACUGGCUGCUUGGACAUCUCAGCUGGUGGCUUACAUCAGUGAAGGACCCCGAAUCCGGCUUCUGUUCCCUCCUCUGUGCUGCCAGUCCGCAGGCAGCCCCUGCCACAGCGGGACCCCAGCCUACAGCCCCAGCAAGCCUGCCUGGAUGGGGGGGUGGGUGCACUUGUGCCCCCAAGGACCAGCCCGCUGGCCACAGAGGUAGCACAGCGGGGUCAGGGGGUCCACGUGGGUCUGGAGUCGCCACCGUGGGGGUUGAGUGCUGGUU